CCUGUUUGACAAUUAGAACAACUAUUAACUUUACCAAGUUUACCAAAUGUUUGGGCUUUUGUGUAGCUAAUCGAAUGCGAGUAUGUCUAAGUACACGGUGGCGUUCUUUGCAGUGGUGCGUUCGGGACACCUUGGAAAUCUGUUGUUUCACCCACGUGUUUUAAGACAAUACUCGGCUUUUUAUCCUCAUUUUAAAGAUACGUCUUUAAAAUGGCCUUUGAAAUUGUUCUUUAGAUCAUUUAGGUCAUUCGAGACCACUUUGCCCUUGAAAGAAGCUGUCUGGCUUGCUUCGAAGCUACUCGCAUUUAGCAUUGAGGGGCGGAGCUCCGCCGCGGUGCUCUUUGCUGUCUGUUCCGGUUCACGACUGCUUGCUUGGAGCUCGCCAAGGAAGCGGCUACUUGAAAGUGUGGACUGGACAACGGUGACGAUUUCCAACGAGUAAACACACAGCUGACGGGUGUCCACACACUGCCCACCAUGACCCACACUGAGGGCAAGUUCGACUUUGCCAUCGACCGAGGGGGAACCUUCACCGAUGUGUUCGCCCGGCUACCAGACGGACGGGAGAGGGUCCUCAAGCUGCUGUCCCGUGACCCCCAGAACUACAAGGACGCCCCCACUGAGGGGAUCCGCAGAGUCUUGGAAGAGGAAACGGGGCGCGCCUUCCCUCGCGACAAGCCCGUAGACACGUCACUGAUCGGCUGGAUCCGAAUGGGCACCACAGUCGCCACCAACGCCCUGCUGGAGAGGGAGGGAGCGAGGACGGCUCUGCUGGUCACCAAGGGGUUCAAAGACCUGCUCCACAUUGGAACACAGGCCAGACCCAAGCUCUUUGACUUGGAGGUAUCGGUGCCCGAAGUGCUGUAUGAGGAGGUUAUCGAGGUGGACGAGCGAGUCGUACUCAGGCAAGAUGGCUGCCGGCUGCCGAGGAAGGAUCCCAAGCGUGUUGUUACAGGCAGCACCGGGGAUAGUCUGGAGGUGUGGCGGGAGCUUGAUCUGGAGCGUGUGGAGGAGGACCUGAGAGGCGUUCUUUCUCGCGGCAUCACCAGUCUGGCCGUGCUUCUACUUCACGCCUACACGUGGUCCGACCAUGAGAAAGCAGUGGGGGCCCUGGCCCGUCAGCUGGGCUUCACCCAGGUGUCCCUGUCCUCCGAGGUCAUGCCCAUGGUGAGGGCGGUCCCUCGAGGUUACACCGUGUGCGCCGACGCCUACCUGACACCCAAAAUUCGGGACUAUCUAAAAGGUUUCACCUCUGGGUUCAAGGGUGCUUUAAAGGAUGUGGACGUCCUGUUUAUGCAGUCAGACGGUGGUCUGACUCCCAUGCAGCAGUUCUGCGGCUCGCGCGCCGUUCUGUCUGGCCCAGCAGGCGGAGUCGUGGGUUACGCCAUCACCUCCUACAAGCAGAUGGAGAAGAGACCUGUGAUUGGCUUUGACAUGGGGGGGACGUCCACUGACGUGAGCCGCUACGCGGGCCAGUAUGAGCACGUGUUUGAAGCCACCACAGCCGGAGUCACCCUGCAGGCGCCUCAGCUCGACAUCAACACCGUAGCGGCAGGCGGGGGCUCGCGACUCUUUUUCAGAUCAGGGAUGUUUGUGGUUGGACCAGAGUCUGCUGGUGCGCAUCCAGGACCGGCCUGCUAUAGGAAAGGUGGUCCUCUGACCGUGACGGAUGCGAACUUAGCUUUGGGCCGCCUCCUGCCGUCCUUCUUCCCCAAGAUCUUUGGGCCUGGAGAGAACGAAGCGCUAUCCCUGGAAGAGACCAUGAAGCAUUUCCGUCAGCUGACCCGUGACAUCAACAACUUCCUGACCUCUAACCAAUCACAAGCUGGUGCAAAUGGCUCGAACCACAGCCACAAAAGCCAGUCGGAGAUGACUUUGGAAGAAGUGGCCAUGGGAUUCAUCCGCGUGGCAAAUGAGGCUAUGUGUCGACCAAUCAGAGCACUGACGCAGGCAAAGGGCCACGACACGUCUCAACAUGUGUUGGCGUGUUUCGGGGGGGCCGGAGGCCAGCAUGCCUGUGCCAUCGCCCGAGCGCUCGGGAUGAAGACUGUCUUCAUACAUAAGUACAGCGGCGUGCUGUCUGCCUACGGUUUGGCUCUAGCAGACGUGGUGGAGGAGGUGCAGGAGCCGUGCUCACUGCAGUAUGAGCAGAACUCUUUUGGCGAGCUGGACUGCAGGGUGGAUACGCUGUCCAAACGCUGCCACAACACGCUGCAUGCACGCGGAUUCAACAGUGGCCAAAUAACCACGGAAGUGUUUCUCCACCUGCGCUAUGAGGGCACAGACUGCGCUCUCAUGGUGACGGCUAACGGUUACCCUGGAAACGAGCACACCUGUCGAGCUGGCGACUUCCGCGGUGCCUUCACGGAAAGGUAUCUGAAGGAGUUUGGAUUCACCAUCGCAGGCAGGCCAAUCGUGGUUGAUGACAUCAGAGUGAGGGGCUGUGGGAAAUCUGGAAUCAAAUCCGCGUACAAACCAAAAAAGGGACGCAGUCAAGCCAAACCCGUCACGAAGACAAAGUGCUACUUUGAGGACGGUUACCAUGACACCGCUGUGUAUCUGUGGGAGGAGCUUCCUUGUGGUCACAGCAUCCCGGGACCAGCCGUCAUCAUUGACAAGAACAGCACCAUCCUGGUGGAGCCCUGCUGUGAGGCUUGCCUGACAGACGGGGGCGACGUAUGCGUGACUGUGGGCUCAGACCCCCACUGUGCAGUGGGAACAGAGCUGAACACCGUGCAGCUCUCCAUCUUCUCCCACCGCUUCAUGAGCAUCGCAGAGCAGAUGGGCAGAGUCCUCCAAAGAACCUCCAUCUCCACCAACAUCAAGGAGCGUCUGGAUUUCUCCUGCGCUGUGUUUGGACCAGAUGGUGGUCUGGUGUCCAACGCACCCCACAUCCCGGUCCACUUGGGCGCCAUGCAGGAGACUGUCCAGUACCAGAUCAGAUCACUGGAGGGAAAUCUACAAGAAGGGGAUGUGAUUCUGAGCAACCACCCGUGUGCAGGCGGAAGCCACCUGCCCGACCUCACGGUCAUCACGCCAGUGUUCAGAAAAGGUGUCAAGGGGCCAGUGUUCUUUGUAGCCAGCAGGGGGCACCAUGCAGACAUCGGAGGCAUCACUCCUGGAUCUAUGCCUCCGCACUCCACCUCUCUGCAGCAGGAGGGCGCCGUCUUCGUUUCCUUCAAGUUGGUCACAGGUGGCGUCUUUCAAGAAGAGGCUGUAACGGAGGCCCUGAUGGCUCCGGCCCAAUACCCCGACUCCUCCGGGACUCGGAAUCUCCACGACAACCUGUCAGACCUGCGGGCUCAGGUUGCAGCCAAUCAGAGAGGCAGCCAGCUGGUGGGGGAGUUGAUUGACUGCUAUGGGCUAGCUGUGGUUCAGGCCUACAUGGGCUACAUCCAGAGCAACGCAGAGCUGGCAGUGAGGGACAUGCUGAGAGACUUUGCACGUCGUCGACGGCAACAGACAGGCUCCUUGGAGGUGGAGUCGGAGGAUUUCAUGGAUGAUGGCACUCCAAUCCGACUGCGGGUUCAGAUUAACGAGGAAAAGGGCACUGCACUGUUUGACUUCACUGGGACAGGCACAGAAGUUUGGGGAAACUGCAACGCCCCACGAGCAAUCACCCUGUCUGCCCUCAUCUACUGCCUCCGCUGCAUGGUGGGACAGGACAUCCCCCUCAAUCAGGGCUGUCUUGCACCCAUCAAAGUGGUCAUCCCCCCAGGCUCCAUCCUCCAGCCGUCCCGCAAUGCGGCCGUGGUUGGCGGCAAUGUGCUCACAUCCCAGAGAGUUGUCGACGUCAUUUUCAAGGCGUUUGAGGUCUGCGCCGCCUCUCAGGGGUGCAUGAACAACGUUUCAUUCGGCAGCGACAAGGUCGGUUACUACGAGACCGUCGCCGGUGGUGCUGGGGCGGGGCCAGGCUGGAGUGGGAGAAGCGGCGUUCACAGUCACAUGACCAACACUCGUAUCACUGACCCCGAGAUUCUGGAGAAGAGGUACCCGGUGGUUUUGGAGCAGUUCUCCUUGCGACCCGCGUCAGGAGGUGCAGGGAAACACCGUGGAGGCGACGGCGUCAUUAGGAAGCUCUUGUUUCGGGACGAAGUCGUUCUGUCUGUGCUGUGUGAGAGGCGUUCCACUCGUCCCUACGGCCUCAACGGGGGUGAAGACGGUGCCGCGGGACUGAACCAGCUUCACAGAGCUGAUGGCACAAUCCUCAAUCUGGGCGCCAAGACCAGUGUCAGCCUUCAAGCCGGGGACAUGUUCUGCCUCCACACCCCGGGAGGAGGGGGUUACGGGAAGGAGGAGGAAGCCAACGGAAGGCCGCAGACAAAACGCAGGCGCUUGGACGAGACGUUCCCCGAGAGAGGCAGCGUUUUUGAGUACCGCAUGGCGCAGGAGGGAGUGUGACAGAGCAAGUGGAGGAAUUUAUAGGAAGGUUGUACUGAUAUCUUUGAUAUCACAAUGCUAAAUUGGAUCAGCCCCAAAUUGUGCACCUUCGUAGAGUCACCCCGCCUCAAUUUUAUUAUUAAAAUGAAACUUUUUCAGGGAAAAAAUGUUGUCGUGGGACACCAAAUUGUGUCGGUAUAAGUUAAGCUUUUUGGAGAGUUGAAUUUAAAAAGCUGUCCAAUUUACAGCAACCGAGCCCAACGUGGUACGUUUGAAUGACGCCGUGCCGUGUAUGCUUUGUUUUCUGGGAGGGGGCGCGCCAAGUCUUGUUCCCCUCCUCCCUCCCUCCCUCCCUCCCUUCGGGGGGUGACGAGGGAGGACGCAGGGUGAGGGAAUGCAGGCAUGCGGAGAGCGCUGAUAAAGAGAUAGCGACCACUGCGGAGGAAGCAGCAGGGGGUCGACGGCUGCUUGGAUUGUGGAUGUAAAUCAGAUGGUUUGUCUUUGCGCGAGCUGCAAAUUCCAACUGGGAGCCCGUGGACGGUUGAUCAAGGAUAGUUUCUUUAUCAGUGCCAAGCUUUCCAGAGUAUGACCAUUUAACAAGACCAAUUUAGGACAUGAAAUAGCAACAAUGGUAGUUCAUCAAACUGUGGUAGAAAGUGCAAUAAAAAUAAGAUGGAGAGAUUUUCCUUCAUCUGAAUUAUGACCAAAUGCCGAGCAUAAAGAAGCUUCAUAGUGCCAGACAAACCACAAUAACAAAUAUUUUCAAGUAAAAAGUUGCAAUUUAUGGAGAAAUGAAUAUUGACCCCAAUAUAAGACGCUCCCUCUUGCUCACAACCUGCUAUUUUUAAGACAAAAUCAAAGACAAACAUAAUUCAACAAAUGAAAUGCCAUAUAUUAGCAUACUGACCCGAAUUUAAGACAGCCCCUUUUCAAAACCUGUUUUCUCAAAAACACAUUUUAAGACAAAAAACCCCACAACAAAUGAAGCUUUUAAACGACCAUAUUGACCCUGAAUAUAAGACAAUCCUUCUUUUUGAAAACCUGCUUGUUUAGAACUUUUUUAAAGACCAAGUCCAAAACCUCAAGAACUAGAACAGAUCAAGUUCGUAAAUGACCAUAUUGAUCCAAUAUACGACAAACUAUUUUUGAGACAAAAUUUAAGACAAAAAAGCCCCCCCAAAUCCUGUUUUUUGAAAACUUUUCAGGCAAAACCCCAAACAAAAAUCCAACAAAUGUAGUUCUUAAAUGACCAUAUUGACCCAACACAAACUAUUUUUGAGACAAAAUUUAAAACAAAAAACCCCCACUACAAAUGAAGCUCUUAAAUUACUAUAUUGUCCUGAAUAUAAGACAAUACUUUUUUUUUCCCCCAAAAUCCUGUUUUUUGAAAACUUUUCAGGCAAAACCCCAAACAAAAAUCCAACAAAUGUAGUUCGUAAAUUACCAUAAUGUCCCAAAUAUAAGACGAUCCUUCUUUUUCAAAACCUCUUUUUUUUUAUACAUUUUAUGACAAAAUCUCUGGCAAAAACCCAACAAACCAACCUAAGACAAGAUGUCAGUUUACAAAAAAAACCAACAAAUGAAGCUGUUGAAUGACCAUAUCGGCCUGAAUAUAAGACGAUCCAUCUUUUUUGGAAACCUGCUUUUUUAGAACUUUAAGACAAAAGUCCAAGACCACAAAAAAAUACAACAAAUCAAGUUCUUUAAUUACCGUAAAGACCCGAAUUAAGAGCCGUCAAAACCUGCUUCUUGAACUACUUUUUAAUCCAAGGUGACAAAACCGCAGUGGUGUCUAUUUUCAACAUCAAUGAAAUAACUGGUAGAAUUACAUUAAAAAAGAAAUAGAAUUUUAUAAAGAAAUGUUUAGAUGCAGACAACGUAACGCCUCGUCUCUUUGCUGACUUGCCCAACCGCUUUGUUGUGACUGCAUUUUUCCCUGUGUGAGUGACAGGAAGAAAAGCUCUGGCGCUAACCUGUUGGUUUGCAUGUAUUCCAAGGGGAAAAAUAAUGUCCAUUUAUUUUAUACUACCGUAUAUAACCAGGGAUGUCCAAGGUGUGGCACAGGGGCCAUUUGUGGCCCGCGGCUGUUUUUUUUUUUUUUUAUUCACCCGCAGCACAUUCUCAAAAUAUAAUUUAACAAGAAAACUAAAAAAAACAUUAAAAUCGGAAAAUGUUAAGAGGAAAAAAGUCAUAGUCUAACGUUAAAAAAUUAUUAUGAGAAUAAUGUAUUGACAAAAAUGUCAUUUUAGGAGCAUGAAGUUUCAAUAUUUUAAAAAGAAACAAGAAAAAGUUGUAGUUUUUGGAAAAAUAGGUUGAGGAAAAAAUAAUGUUGCCAGAAGAAAGUCCAAAUUCUAAGAAAAUGUACAAUAAGAAAGUUGAAAUAGUUGGAAAUGAGCACAAAUGGGGGGGAAAAACUGCUGUAAUUUUACGACUAAAAAAGUCAACAUAUUAAGAGAAAAAAUGCUGAAAAAUUUCAUUUUAGUAGCAUAGAGUUGAAAUAUUAAAGAAAAUAAUACAUCAUUUUGUUAAGUCGUUAUAUUAUGAUAAACAUAAUAAAAUAAAGUUGUAAUUUUUGGAAAAUUAGGUUGGGGGGGGGGGCGGUACGAUAUUAUGGGAAUAAAGCCAAAAUAUUAUGGGAAUAAAGUCAUAGUAUUGGGAGACCAAAAUGUCCGAAGAUUAUUUAAGAAGAAAGUUUAAAUAUUUGUAAAAACAGCAAAAAUGGGGAGAACGGCAAAGACCCAAGUUGAUGCUAAUAAUAGGCUUUUCACCUGUAUCGCAAAGCUGAGAUGCAGUUUUAAAAAAAUCUAUAUACUGUAACUCGUUAGCAUAGCUUUACAAAAUAUCGAAGUUGCCCUUGGAUCCGUUCAUUAUUCGGUCUGUGGUCCUCGGUGGAAAAUGUGUGGACACCCGUGAUACAAUAUAUACUGUAACUUGGGGUCAAGACUGUAAAUGUCAACAGUAAAAACUAUGGAGUCCAACGGCAUUUUAUUACAGACCCUGUUCAGCACCAAGACAUUCUUUAGACACCAGGUCAAAGUCUACAUAAAAACACACAAUACAAACCUCAAGGCUAAAGGAAUAUAUUUUGAAAAACAAAAAAAAUGGACCUGGUAACGCAGGUAAGACGUUUAUAAUCUGGACGAUCAUAAUGAGUUAAAGAGAGUGCAAAUGAACGUGCAGUCCAAAGUCCACAGGAGACACGUCACAGUUUAAAACAUGAGGUAGCAUGCAGUACAUUCACUUGCUUCACACACAUAACAUAUCAUGUAUUGCACUGGGGUUUAUCAUCAAGUAUCAUGUGGUCAUCUGCCAAUAUUUCAUUGGAGGAUUGAGGUAGAUCCGUUCGGUUGUACAAGUUGAGGUAGUUUCUGCUUUUGAGCUGCCAUCGGGGUUUGCAUGCAUAUGAAUUAAAGUGACAGUUUCAAGGAGGCGGUAUCGCAGUGGGGUCAGUACUGAGGGUACCGGUUUAGGGGCGCCCCAUUCUGCAUGGUGUACUGACUGGCUGGCUGGUGAUGGGAGUUCUGAUUGGUUGCCAUGAGCACGUCAAACACGCUCUUAUUUGGCGGCACAGACUGCAGCAUGUUGUCCAAGUCCAUAAUGAGAGGCGGGGCUUGCACGGACACCCGCCCACUGGGGAGAAUGGGCCAGUAAGCGUGGCCCAGAAAGUGACCUGGAGCCAUGUGAGAGUUGCCAUAGGCGUAAAGAGGGAGUCCGCCAUGUAGGGGCAUGAGAGGACCCCCGUUGAAGCGCAUGCUUGGCGGGGCGACGGCGUUGGGUGGGGCGUAUUUGGCGUAGGAGGUGGGCAGCUCCCAAGGGGGGGCGGCGGCAUCCCGCCGUGCUGAUUUGUGUAGCGGUGGUUUGUAGUCCUCAUAAUCGUCUGACCCUGCUUCCCCGUCGGGGGGGAGACGCUUCCCGUGUUGGGACACCCUUUUCCAUUCCUCCUCAGAGGAAGAGGAUGAGGUGGAGGCGGGGCUAGCCGAGCUGGCAGAAGCACUGCGUGCAGAUGAGGCGUAGCGGGGCCGCGGUGGGGGCGACAGCCUGGGGUGCUCGGCCUCCACCCAACAGUCUCUCAUACCCAUGUCCACCUCCCCCGAGCCACUGGUGGGGCGAAAGCUGUGCAGCAAAGAGUCGAUA